UUUACUACUGCUUGCAAUGUGAACCUGGGAUAGCCUCAUUUACAAUCCCCCACACCCCACACCGACAUGCACACACACAUGCACUGACAUCCAUGCACGCGUCCUCUGCAUGGUGCUCCCCGAUGAUACCUUGGCUGUCAUGCAUGCACACACAGCUCUCCAUACAGUGCAGCAAAAUGCAUCUCCAACCUGAGACCUAAAUGAUGCUCAUCAGCAAGAGGAAUGGACAGUUCUAUGCCAAAUAAGGAUUUAACACUGCUGUGAGGGGGGCACCCGGAAGAUUUUUUGGGCUGCAGCGUAUUGUUGAUACUAUGCUUCUUAGUUAGUAACAUUUAUGCUUAUUAUUUUUGGUAUAAAGAAACCUCUUCACAUCCCACCAUGGAACUAAACUGGAUGCUGCUGUUAUCUCUGGUUUGGCAAGUUCAAGCUGUGGAAGAGACCCUUAUGGACACUCGGACGGCUACAGCAGAGCUAGGCUGGACCGCAAGUCCUUCUUCAGGGUGGGAAGAAGUAAGUGGCUACGAUGAAAACCUGAACACUAUCCGCACAUAUCAAGUGUGUAAUGUCUUCGGGCCAAACCAAAACAACUGGCUCCGCACAACCUUUAUUCCAAGGCGGAGCGCCCAACGCGUCUAUGUGGAAAUGCGUUUCACUGUCCGUGACUGCAGUAGUCUCCCCAAUGUUCCAGGCUCUUGUAAAGAGACAUUUAACCUGUAUUAUUACGAGACAGACUCUCACGUUGCCAACAAAGACUCUGCAUUUUGGAAUGAAGCCCCUUAUCUUAAAGUGGACACCAUAGCUGCUGACGAGAGUUUCUCACAGGUAGACUUUGGAGGCAGAUUGAUGAAGGUGAACACCGAGGUUCGUAGUUUUGGCCCAUUGACUCGCAGUGGCUUCUAUUUAGCCUUCCAGGAUUAUGGAGCAUGCAUGUCGCUCCUCUCCGUCCGUGUCUUCUUUAAAAAGUGCCCUAGUGUGGUUCAGAAUUUUGCAGUCUUCCCUGAAACCAUGACUGGAGCAGAGAGCACAUCAUUAGUAAUAUCAAGAGGGACCUGCAUCCCAAAUGCUGAGGAAGUGGAUGUACAUAUUAAACUGUACUGCAAUGGAGAUGGGGAGUGGAUGGUUCCGAUAGGAAGAUGUACUUGUAAAGCCGGAUAUGAGCCUGAGAACCAUACUGUCUGUAAAGCUUGUCCUGCUGGCAUGUUUAAAGCGAAUCAAGGCCUUGGAAUAUGUGCACCUUGCCCUGCGAACAGUCGUUCUACUGCCGAAGCCUCUCCAAUCUGUGUGUGCCGGAAUGGAUAUUAUAGAGCAGAUGCUGAUCCUGCGGAGGUGAUAUGCACCAGUGUUCCUUCUGGACCCCGCAAUGUCAUCUCAAUAGUCAAUGAGACCUCCAUCACCUUGGAGUGGUAUCCACCACGUGAAACUGGUGGCAGGGAUGACGUCACUUACAAUAUCAUCUGCAAGAAGUGCCGUUCUGACCGGCGGAGUUGCUCCAGAUGUGAUGACAAUGUAGAUUUUGUUCCACGGCAGAUGGGAUUAACGGACACUCGUGUCUUCAUUAGUAAUUUAUGGGCACAUACUCCUUACACUUUUGAGAUCCAGGCUGUGAAUGGAGUCACCAAUAAAAGUCCAUUUCCUCCGCAGCAUGUCUCUGUCAAUAUCACUACUAACCAGGCUGCUCCCUCCACUGUGCCCAUCAUGCACCAAGUCCGAGCAACCAUGAAGAGCAUUACCCUAUCAUGGCCACAGCCAGAACAACCCAAUGGAAUUAUUUUGGACUAUGAGAUCCGAUAUUAUGAGAAGGACCACAAUGAAUUUAACUCCUCGAUAGCCAAGAGCCAGACAAACACAGCAAGCAUAGAAGGACUAAGGCCAGGAAUUGUCUAUGUGGUGCAGGUCCGAGCGCGAACUGUGGCAGGUUAUGGGAAAUACAGCGGAAAAAUGUGCUUCCAAACCCUGACUGACGAGGAUUACAAAUCCGAGCUCAGAGAGCAGCUUCCCCUGAUUGCCGGCUCGGCUGCCGCAGGUGUCGUCUUCAUAGUGUCUCUGGUGGCCAUCUCCAUUGUUUGCAGCAAUGUAUUUUUGUAUUUCAGGAAAAGAACGUACAGCAAAGAGGCAGUGUACAGUGAUAAACUGCAGCACUACAGCACGGGCAGAGGUUCCCCAGGGAUGAAAAUUUACAUUGACCCUUUUACAUAUGAAGAUCCCAAUGAGGCUGUCAGAGAGUUUGCUAAAGAAAUUGACGUCUCUUUUGUAAAGAUUGAGGAAGUCAUUGGGGCAGGAGAAUUUGGCGAAGUGUACAAGGGCCGUCUAAAACUCCCUGGGAAAAGGGAAAUUUAUGUUGCCAUAAAAACUCUCAAAGCUGGAUACUCAGAAAAGCAAAGACGGGACUUCCUGAGUGAAGCAAGCAUCAUGGGUCAGUUUGAUCAUCCCAAUAUCAUCAGACUGGAAGGUGUGGUCACCAAGAGUCGACCUGUUAUGAUCAUCACAGAAUUCAUGGAAAACGGAGCCCUGGACUCCUUCCUUCGGCAAAAUGAUGGACAGUUUACAGUGAUCCAGCUAGUGGGAAUGCUCAGAGGGAUUGCAGCUGGCAUGAAGUACCUCUCUGAAAUGAAUUAUGUUCACCGGGACCUGGCAGCCAGGAAUAUCCUGGUGAACAGCAACUUGGUCUGUAAAGUGUCAGACUUUGGACUUUCUCGCUACCUUCAAGAUGACACGUCGGAUCCAACAUAUACCAGCUCCUUGGGUGGGAAGAUCCCCGUGAGAUGGACAGCACCUGAAGCCAUCGCCUACCGCAAAUUCACGUCAGCCAGUGACGUUUGGAGCUAUGGUAUUGUCAUGUGGGAGGUGAUGUCAUUUGGAGAGAGGCCAUACUGGGACAUGUCCAACCAGGAUGUCAUCAACGCCAUUGAGCAGGAUUAUCGCUUGCCUCCCCCCAUGGACUGUCCAGCUGCCCUGCACCAACUCAUGCUGGACUGCUGGCAGAAGGAUCGAAACAGCCGGCCACGCUUUGGGGAGAUUGUCAAUACUCUGGACAAGAUGAUCCGGAACCCCGCCAGCCUCAAGACAGUGGCCACCAUCCCUGCUGUGCCUUCCCAGCCGCUGCUCGACCGCUCCAUCCCAGACUUCACAGCCUUUACCUCAGUAGAUGACUGGUUGAGUGCUAUCAAAAUGGGACAGUACAGAGAUAACUUCCUGAGCUCUGGUUUCACCUCUCUACAGCUUGUUGCCCAGAUGACCCUAGAAGACCUCCUGAGGAUAGGAAUAACACUAGCUGGACACCAGAAAAAAAUCCUGAACUGUAUUCAAUCCAUGAGGGUCCAAAUGAGCCAGUCUCCCACCUCAAUAGCAUGAGACUCUGGGCUUGGUGAGGGAGUCCUUGAGGGUGGGGGAGGGAAAGAGAAGUGGAUGAAGAUAGGAAGCAUUUGGGCAGUGGGGAAAGACACAUUUUGCAAUUCAGAAAGUAGCACUUCAAUGUCGAUGGUGGACUGUCCAUCAGCAUUGUAAGACCAAUGCUCUAGUUGUCUUAUUUUAAAAAAAAAAGCGCUGAAGAUAUUUAAAGGCAGGUAAUACA